AUGCAUGAUAGAAAAACAAAAGCAUCCAGGUCAAGAACAGGGUGCCAGACUUGCAAGUUGGUUUCCCCUCCCCCCAACCAAAGAGGGUCUUUGAUACGGCAUGUCAAGUGCGGCGAGGAGAAACCGGAGUGCUUCCAGUGUAAGAACUCUGGCCGGAAAUGUGAUGGUUACAAAACUUCCUCUCAGUACCAACUACCCACGAAAGUAGUACAUCGUCACUCGCGACCCGCCUGGUCAAUGGUGAGCCCUGACCAUCGCCUAAUCCUCCGUCCGGGAACGAGGGAAGAGCGACAGUAUGUAGAUUUGUUCUGCUCGCAGACGUCACGGGCUCUUUCUGGCUUCUUCAGCCCUCAGCUAUGGAAUUUCCAAUUACCGCAGCUCAGCCAGUCGGAACCGACUAUUAGACAUGCUAUCGCUGCACUCAGCGCUGCCCAUGAACGGGCCAUCUUGAAUCCAUCAGCAGAAAACGCGGGUGUUAGGGAGCAAUUCGUACUCCAGCAGUAUAACAAAUCCAUUCAAUAUCUAAUGGGGCAUCUCGCCGUGCCAAAGUCCCAGUCGGUUGACUUGUUGCUGAUCACAUGUGGUUUAUUUGUGUGCCUAGAAAUUGUGCGAGGGAACAAUAAACAGGCGUUGAACCACCUGGCAGCAGGGGCGACCAUUCUCCACAAACGGGGUCAUCUUGCAAAUACAACUUCUCAGUCCAUGGAUAUUGACAGGGAGCUAUCCCACUUAUUCUUUCGGUUAAAUAUGCAACUAUCUCUCUUUGGACGCCCACUAGCCCCCCUCACUAUUGGACAUAAAGGCGCACUGCCUCCUACAGAGGGAAAGAUCUCGUUCAGCACCAUUGAAGAAGCCAGACACUGCCUGGACGGGCUAAUGAAUAAAGCCCUGAGAUUCGUGCGUCUAAGUCUUCAGGUCUCGACACCAGGUCAUGCUACAAGACUACAACAGAGACAGAAACAACAAGAUAUAAAGGAGGAGUUCGAUGCUUGGACAAUGGCACUAAACAAGAUGAUGGCGCGGAGGGGGAACUCCAAAACGUUGGACAAGCGUGGACCCCUUACACUCCGACUCCAUCAUCAAGUCUCGCUGAUAUGGCUGCGAGCUUGUUUCGCAACGGAUCAGAUGGUCUUCGACAACUUCCGUUCAGAUUUUGAGACAAUCGUUCGUCUUGCGGAGGAAGUAAUUCGCCUGGGCCCUGAUCAAGAAAAGCCGUCUCCCGCGAAUGGAUUCUCCCUCGAAUCUGGAAUUACUGCCCCAUUGUGGUUCACAGCGGUAAAGUGUCGUGAUCCCAUCAUUCGACGAAAAGCUAUACGGAUUUUGUCAGAUUAUCGUAGAAGGGAGGGAAUGUGGGACAUGGGGCUCUUCUUCAAAGUAGCAGAAUUGGUCCUGGAAUCUGAAGAGGCCGAGCUAUCCUCUCUGCCCAUUGAGAAAAGAAUACCCGAAGACCGGCAACGCAUAUAUGACCCAAUAUUACCUGAGGAAAUUGUGGCGAGUCCGUGUCAGGUUAUACUGUUGUCGAGACCCGAUGGGGUGGACGGGGGUUGGCACACACGGACAGCAUACAUUAAUUGGACCUCAUAG